CUGCGUCCCUCCAGUUGCCGCCCCGAAUAGGCAUGCUAAGCAAAUGCCCAGCACAGUACAGCACAGAGCUCUCUCGGCCGCAGACACUGAACGCAGGGAACUAUAGCCUGCCAGACGAUAACGCGACCGACGCAUCUCCCAGUGAUGGCCAGUCAGCUGUGCAGCUGUGCUCGGGUUCCUUUCGCUGCGUCUAGCAACCAGGUCUGAGUGACGCCACCCCCCCCCCUCCACCCGCCCCUCUUUCAAAAACAACACCAGCAAAACAAAUGCGACCAUGUACAGCGUGGAGGACCUGCUUAUCUCUCAUGGAUACAAGCUGCCCCAAAACACCUCUACCGCCCCCACUGCAGUCUCCCCCACCCCCCCGUCCUCCUACGAUAACAAGCGUUACGGCGACCCUUCCUCCUGCCGCCAGGAGAUCUUAGAGAGCCGGUCUGGUGGUGGUCACGGCACGGUGAACGGGUAUGAGAUAGACUCUGCGCCGGGGGUAUAUGUGUACGGCAACAAUAACUGCAGGAAGCCCCAGCCACCAGCCCCAACCAAAAGCUACUCCUCGAGUCACACUGACAAUGCAUGGAGGGACAGGAACAGCCAACCACAGAGGAGGGAAGCCGACAGCGGUAACCAAGGUGACACCCACUCCUUGGGCGAUUCUCUCACGACAGAUAGCGGGUUCUGUGAGGGGCCCAGAGGGGUGUAUUCAGAGUCCAGGGGCCACCGCGACGUGUCCUACUGGAGGAGGAGAGGCCAGGACUUCAGUGUUCUCCUGGAUUACGCUGACUUCAGAGAACCUCGAGGAGGAGGCUAUAGGACAGAGGGGGUGCAGCAGCCGCAGAGACAGGAGGUGCCCCCAGAGGAUCAGCGGCAGCAGCGUGAGAGGCAGCGUUGGGCAGUCCAGUCCCAGUCCCGCUCCAAGCAGAGAGAGGCAGCGCUGCAGCAGUGGACGCCUGCUGCCGUGGAGAGGAAGUGUCAGAGCCUGGGCACGGACGAGUGGCGACCCGCCGUGGUCAGCUUCGCCCGCCAGCUCUCGGACAGCGAGGGCGAUAGUUGGGCUCGGGCUCAGGAGCAGCAGCAACUGCAGCAGCGCCACCUCCGGACACCAGAUGGCGCUGUGGUUGUAAUGGGGCCCAGGAACAAAGGGAAGUCCCAGUCUCUGCCCCGAAUGCUGCCGCCGGACAGCCUGCAAUAUGUGGCCAUGUCUGGGUCUGUUGGGUCUGGGCAGGACGUGUACAGGAAGGUCAACGGCCACCCAGUGUCCCAUCACGACCCUUACAAAAGAUAUAACCACAACCAGGCCGGGACAGGGGACAGGGACAGGUGGUUUGAGAAUGACAGCAGACCCUCCAGUCAGGCUAGUAUGGCCAGCCAGCUUAGCCAGGGCUCUCUGGUACCAAAGACCCGGUUCAGCCGUCCCCUGCGGCCUCCGUCCUACGAGGUGCACCAGCAGACCCGGGGGAGUUCUGAGACGCUGUCAGGAGACCCAGCAGCAGCAUCAACUCCACAGCCCCAGGCCAGGGACAGAACCCCCCUCCCCCACCCCAGGAUGGGUGACCCCAGGCUGGACUAUUAUUCACAGGAUGGAGGGUCUGGCACGGAUCCUCCGGGUUAUAUCCCUCCCCCAUCGUAUCCCCCCAAGAGAGCUCCGCUUAUGAGAGGGGGCCAUGGAGGUCACAGGGGCUAUGGAGAGGUCCCAGUGAACUACAGGUACCACCAGGUGUUCCAGCAGCAACAGAUGCGUGGGACCCCGGACCCCUGGUUCAGUAGCAGACACACCGGUGGAGGAGGGUCCUGGCCGGAGCCUCAGAGAGAGUCCCUCCGAGAGAGGAGCGUGCCCCACCGGAAGCAGCUCUACCCUGGCUACAGCGAGCAGCAGCACCAGCCGGGCCUGGGUCCUGGCAUCCACUACGUCCACGACCCACGUGUCCGACAAAUUUCUGGGGGAGGAAGCUCGUCUCUAGGCGGCGGAGGUAACUCCAUGACGGACACCGACAACAUCCGCCACAUCCGUAACUCCACAUCCUCUGAGCUUCCCAGUGUCACCGUGUCAGACCACUCGUCUGAUGACAGUGCCUUCCUGUCCCCCGCCUCCACGGGGGCCCCGCCGCCACUUGCCAGCACGUCAGAUCCAGCCAGUCCGACAACGCCGAAGUCUUCUAGCGACUAUGACAAUAAGAAUAACCGGUGGAAGCAGCAGCACAGCGAUUUGCACAAAGAGACUGACUCACUAGAUAACUUCCCAGCAGCAACUGACCAAAACUGUAACAGGUAUAAUCCCAAAAACAACCUAGGUGGUUUCUCUGCCUUCCAGCCCCCGGCCCCGGCCCCAGCCCCGGCCCCGGCCUCAUCGGUGCUUCUUAGCUCCAGCUCAGACCAAGGAUUCUCGGAAACAACCAUCACGCAGGUGAAGAAGAUAGUUCCAGGAGACUCAGGAGUAGACCACAACAACAGAAACUCUAAGAGGAAAUCUCACAGCGAGACCAUAUUCUGCCUGGUGUCUGUCCCCAUACACAUCCAGCAACAACAAACCAAUAAAGACUCAGUCUCCACAGCGGACCAGAACAAUAAUGAGAAGAUGCCUGACAGUCUGCCAAGUAGUCUGCCAAUCGUGAGCGUCUUCGCCACAGAAGACAACCAAAACACUGUGGUCCAAUCAGACAACAGCCAAAGCCUCCGUAGCAAGUCGUUAUCAGAGAUGGGUCUCAAACCCCCCUCCCACACCAGCAGCUUCAGUUCUAUGAGAAGCACCAGGAAGGGUCCUCUGAGGAAGGAGAUAGUAGACGCCUGGUCACUCCAGGCCAGUGCUGACAAGGAGCUGUGCUAUGCCGGCUCCUGGCCCGGGGACCAGUACAGGAACCAGGAAACCCAGACCAGCUCCCCCGUGAAGGGUCCUGGGAGUACAGGGGGGGCAGGUCAGCCUGGAGGACAAGGGGGUCAGGAGCCAGGCCACCCGGCCUCAGACACAACCACAGACAGCGGCGUGGGCACCGACUGCAGCUCCGUGUCCGCCUCCUACGGCGUGGGCUACCCCAUGAAAGGCCAGAAGAACCUCCACCCGUCCAGCAACAGCGCCUUCUCCCGCCUCAGUAUCAGCCCGGCCCAGCCCCUGUCACUUCCAUCACUCCCACCCCAGCCUCCACCCUCUGGAUCUGGGGAGGAGAGAGACCAACAUACCUCCACAUCCAGGAAGACUGGUGCUACUACCACCACCUCCAACACCACUACCAAAACCCCAGACGAUGUCAACGCUAACAGCCAGGGCCAGGUGGCGUUUGGUCAGUUCCUGCUGAAGCCGGUAAGCCGGCGGCCGUGGGACGCCAUCGAAGAGCUGGAGUGUUUCAACAAGGCUGCAGGCGUAGAACUAGACCAGAUCCAGAAGGUCCAGCCCAGGAGACCCAGUGUGGACGACCUGGACGAGGUGUACAGGAACAUCAUGGAGCUGAGCGGAGAAGACACACAACAUCAACAACAACAUCAGCCCAUAGCCCCUCCCCCUCUGGAUUCUGAGCGGGAGACAGUUAGCCUUCCAGACCAGCGCCUGAAUAACAAACCCAACAACAACAUCCCUACCAUCAGGCCCAGACUAGACAGCUGGGGCCCUGGUUCCUCUAUAGACCCAGAAUAUAGGGAGGUGAGAAGUGCCUUCUCCAGGCCCCAGCCCCAGAACAGGACCAGCAUCCCCAGACCAUUGAGAGAGGACCUGGUGCCCACUGGCUUCAGAGACUACAAACUCCACAAUGAACAGGGUGACCACAGGGAAACCUAUGACCCCAGGCUUACCUAUAGGCAGGAGCAGGACGUCGCCAAGGAGUCUCUACUGAGGGACGUGGGGCUCACCGUCUACACUGAGGCCCCUGGGGAGCAGGACCAGCACUGUGGCCCCCCAUUCACACCGCUCACAUCGUUAGACCACGAGGAACUAUGUCAGAACGUACAGCUAUUAUGGGAGAGCGGAGAGGAACCAUCUCUAGCCAAAAGCAGCCAGGUUGAGGUUGCGCACAUCCGUGAGGGCAGUAAUAAGGACGAGCUGGGCCCCACUAAAGUAGUGGAAGAGGAGAGGAAGGUAAAGACGGAUAAUGUGCCCGUUGUGCCACCCAGAUUCAGAGGCCAUGAGCCCAAUCUGAACAUCCGCAGGGCACGGAGUGAGAACAGCAGGUCGCCAAGAGGUGAAGGGUUGCGGGGGUCACCACGACCCGGCAGGCUGACCCGGGAGGCAGCGCUCGCCUUCAAGUAUGGCGACUACAGAUACAGCGUCAGCUCCGAUCCUCUGAGUUGGCGUAAUGAGGCGACGUUGGCAGAUAGACACCUGGAGACCCUGCUGAUCAAGGAGAAGGCGAACACCAGGCCCACGGAGGACCUGAGUAAUCUAUAUGAGGUGAAGUGUGCCAAGGGGAUCCCUGAGAACGAGACGAUGGAGCAGAGAGCAGCCAGGAUACUGGGGAUAGACGUAGCCCCGGAUUCACUGCAGGGCCGGGUCCAGGAGAGAGAGGAGGAGUCACUGCAGGGGGGGGCGGAGGGAGAGACUGGCAUAGGUGAAACGCAGGCGCACAGCCCUUACAGAGAGCAGCAGAACAAAUAUGACACAAGGACUGGGGGAGGGACACCAGAACUCCAUCCAGAAGGAGUACAGGCUGUGGAAUCACUGGGCCUGGUCGAACAGAAAGAGGAGGAGCACGGAGACAACACAGAGAAUCAGAGACAACACAAAGAAGAAACCCAGAAGCACAGUCCGGACAGAGACACGGAGACACAGCUUGUGAGAAGACAGUACGAGCAAGUGAUGGAGGUAGAGGUAUCCGUGGUUACCUUGGGAGAGGAGAAAGGAGGAGGACCCAGUAAGAAUGACAGCCUAUCAGUAUAUGAAGACAGACAUGCUGGAGGAGGUGGAGAGAGCCAGAGCCACCCCUCCAUGGUGCUGGAGCUACCGGAGUUCCCUCCCAGUAGUCUGCCCCUGUCUCUGCCCGUGACCCGAGACGAGGAGCUGGCCCUCAGCGUGCUGAGUGUGGGAGGGGGUGGGGAGAGGCAAGGAAAGAAGGGACACGGUAGUGGUGGUGCCUCCCCCAGGCUCUCCUCGUCCCCCUCCUCCAUAUCACCUGGCUGUACGGAGAGCAUGGCCCACAUGGAUGAGCCAUUCUCUGUCUCCUGCAUCCGUGUCAGGAGUUCAGGAGAGGCAGAACCAGAACAAGAGACCGGGGUAGUGGUAGAGGCAGAGCGAGAGAACGACGCAAACCCAGGGGAAGGGAUGAGGCAGGCAGAGGAGAAGAGAGAGAGGGGGGAGAUGGAGGAGUUGAGGAUUGAGUCCAAGGCGGAGGGGGAAGAGAUAGAAGAUGAGCCAGAGGUUGUGCAGGAGGAGGAGAAGAAAGAGGAAAUCAAAAUCAAGGGGAUGAAGGACAAGGAGAAAGAGCCAAAGACGAAAAGAGAGGAGAAGACAAGAGAGGGGCAGGAGAUGGAGAAGGAGGAAGUGGUAGAGCCAGAUGAGAAAAGAGAGGGGCAGGAGGUGGAGAGGAGUGAAAAACCAGAUGUCCAACAGGAGGUUAGGCCAGAGCCGGUCUCCAGACUUAUGAAACCUCCUCUCCUCCCCAAGCCCAUCCCUAAACCCCGUUGCGGCACGGUGGCCAAGAGAGAGAUCACCCUCCCCCUGAGCUUCAAUGUGUCUUCCUGUGGCUCCUCUGCCACCCUAGAGGACGACGAGAUGCUCUCGGACUCCUAUGAUCCUAGUCGAGUGGAGAGAGUGUAACCUCGACCUCUAUCAAUACCUUCGACAUCUGGGGGGAAUUGGCUUUGGUCACCGCUCCGUCCGCCCAUCCGUCCGUCAACUUUUCAGUCAAUGCCUUUGUGUCUCCCAAAUAGCACCCUAUUCUCUAUAUAGUGCACUUCUUUUGACCAGAACUCAAAAGUUGUGCACUAUAUAGGGAAUUAGGACACAAACUUCAUCUCACCCCAUGA